ACUCUAUUGAAGUAGCACUAAUAGUUUUGAGUUAAGAUAAGCGUAGAGGUAUACAGAGGUAAUGAAGACUAGCUGAACUGAUGGGAGUAAACUGUUCUUGAGUAGGGAAUAUGACAAUCAUAGUAGGUCGGCUAAAUAUGUGUCAAUGGCAUAAUUCUUCUUCCCUUCAUGCCUUUUGUACAGGCGAUGCAGCAUACAGCACCAUUAAUAGGAUGAGGCGCAAAAGCAUCGAGGAAGCAGUGUCAGAUGCUUGUGGUGUUUGUUUGAAGCCAGAACACUUUCAUCUUUGAUGGCUUGAUGUUGCAUACAUUAUUGUGCUCGAUCAUCUGUUCACAAGGUUUGCAUGGGAUGGGUAAGUGGUCGUACUCUUAGCAUGUCAUGUCCUACAGAGAACUUGGAUGCAUUAUAGGUAAAUGAUCAUUACAGAUGGCUGUUGAUUUGCCUCGAUUGUCGUGGGAGCUGUGUCCAGAUUUCCCAAAGACAGUUUAAACAAGGAAAAGAUCAAGCUGCAACUGAAACCUGAAAUAACUACCUACCGUGAUUGCUGGUUCUCAAAGAAGGGAAACCCAAUCAUUUGGCAAGGCUAAGGAUGCUGCUGUUGACGAGAAUGCACUACCACUUCAUAUUUAUCUCUCCUGUCUCUUUGAUACCACCUCAAGCAGUGAACCCUCCACAUCUAUUACCUCACCACUAACAAGAAGCAAAUAAGAUGGCAAGCACAGCCCUCGCUAAGUUCGGCCCUCCUGUGUCGGCCAUUGCGAGGAGAAGCCCGACGAGCUUGCGACUUCUGGUCACUGCUGCUUCCCGACCUUCUCAGGGGAGUGUGGUAGAGGACGCGGCGAGGUCCGUGAACGAGGAGGUGACCGUGGCCGGCGGGCGGGCGAACAAAGCUACUGAGAGUCGAGGCAUCGCCAGUGCAUCAGCUAGCCAAGUGGCUGAUAUCGGAAAUAGAGCAGCAGAGAUGGCCCAAGACGCAUGGCAGUCGGCGAAGGAAACCACGAAGAAGGCGGCGAACUUUGUCGCAGGGCGUCUUAUUUUCAUGGCUCGGCAUAAUCCAAUUGGAUUAACAUCAAAACAGAAGUUUGAUCAGACGCAAACAACAAAGCCAAAACCAAACACAAAUGUGUUGCACAAUCGCAAGAAAUAAUACGUCCGCAGGAUUCCACCGAGCGCAACGACGAUGACGACGAGCAGGAUGACGAUGGCGAUGCACAUGUACUUCCUCGUGUUCUUCUGCGUCUUCUUCGCUGCUUGGAGUGUGGCGGUGGCAUUCUCGAUGUGGUCUACGGAUUUUGUGACCUGAGAGCACCAACUCGGGUAAAAGGAGGAAACUCUAAGCUCGCAGAAGCGUUGAGAUGCAGCAAACCUGAGCCUCGAUGUCAUCCAGCAUGUCUCCCUGGGCGUCCACCAGCACCGACAUGUCCAAGAACAUCUGCAACCAUUGACAAGAUCACGCAUGACAACCUCGACAUCAAUGCUUCAAGAGCCAUAGCUUUUGGAUCCCUGCUGCGCACCUGCUGUAGAUCAAGAAGCUUCUUCUCCAACUCCAGCAUGGUGUCGCGCCGUUCUUGUAUCUCCGCCAAUGUGUCCACAACCUGCAGAAGAGAAGAUAAAGCGCAGUGCAAUUCGUCGAACACAUCGAAGCAUGCGUGCGUGUGGCGUACCUGUCCUCGACCUUGACCUUGGAUCGCCUUCUCAAAGAUCAGCUCGCUGUUCCCAGUUUCUAUCAGUUGAUCGACCAUCUGCUCCAAGUCACACACAAGAGGGCGAAGAGGGUAAGCCGGAGAGCAACCGAGGAGGAACUAAUGCAAAAUGGAAAGCUUUUCUUACUCCCUCGUCCGGUCUUGUUCCGGUCACUGCAAACGGAGCAGAGCAGAGUGUUACUGCCAUGAAACAAGGAAACAAUUGCUACUGCUUAGCGUCCGAUACCGACACGAAAAGUACCUGUGAAGACUCUCCUUUCCACCACCUCACGGUACUCCUCGUGGAUAUUCUGCCUCAGAGUCUGAAGAAAAAAUGAGACCAAUCGAUCAAGUUGUCAUGCAAGAAGGCAAAGAAGAAACCUGCCAUGGUUUCUUAUCUGAUCGGUUGCUGCAGUCUUCGAGUACCUGAAACUGUGUCAUUCUCUCUUUUAGCUUCUUCUUCAGAGCCCUGCAUCGUAAGAAGGCACCCUUA